AUGACGACGGCCGAGAGCUUCGGCGUGAGGCUCAAGCGGAAGGUGCUGAGUGCCGAGACGAAGCUCUUCGAGUGGCGGCCAUGCAGCUGCUCGAUCCUGGCUCGCGAUGGCAAGUUGUUACUGCAGUUGCAGACGCCACCACAAGAUGAAGACGCGCACAGCGAGCUCGAGAACGAGACGGAGACGGUCACCAUCGACUUGGCCACGCAACUGCUCAACGUCGUGCCCAAGAAGAACAAGGCGCGCUGCGACCUCGAGUACUACGCGCCCGUCGCCACCAUGAGCGGCCAAGUGCUGAAAGAGGAGCUCAUGGCGCCGUCCGCCACUCACUGCCAGCAAUGGAUCACGCAGGUGCGGCGUGUCCAGCAGCAAGCGCAUCAGCAACGUAGACCCACUUCCAGCGCCUCGACGAGGUCAGGAGCGUCGCCCGUUGCACCGCUGCCGUCGCCACUCACAAGCCACAACGGCGGGUCCUCUCAAGCUGAGCUGCACAUUCUGCAGCGCGUCGAGGCGGCUCUGCGUGCUCUUGAACUUGAGAAUGCUCAGGCCAAAACACGUGAGCGGGAGCUGGUCCAGGAGAUCCAAACACUACGCGAUGGCGCGCGCGUAGCUGCAGCUGAGCGGAAACACAUCGAGCAGGAAUACCGUCACGCACGGCGCGAAGUUGACUCGUGGAGACGUGCAGCGCAGAGUGCCGAGGCUGCAGCAGCACAACUGCAAGAACAACUUGGCAUCGCGCGCGAGGAGAACCAGCUCUUGGCCGGCGAAAAGAUGCGCCUCAAACGCCAGAACAGCGAGUUGUUAAACCAGGUGCAUCGUCUCGAUUCGCUUGUCUACGGCCGGUUCUAG